CCUUGCCUUACCUACUGCUGUAUGGCACGGUAGUCAAAGAGCGUUGCCUUCUCCUUUUCCCCACAGUAACACACCUCGAGUAACCAUGGUCGUCAUCGCCUCUGCAAAGGACUCCUCAUCCCCAUUCGGAAAGAAACUUGCCGCCAAUGACAAGAAGACUAGAGAUAAGGCGGUCAAGGCCCUCGGAAAGUGGAUUUCAAAGAAGAAUGAUUUCACACACUUGGAACUCAUGAAACUCUGGAAGGGUCUCUUUUACUGCGUAUGGAUGUCCGAUAAGCCGAUCGUCCAGCAGCAAUUGAGCGAAACAUUAUCGUCCUUGAUUCUCAAGGUCCCCCGGGAAUCUGUGAUGGCCUUCAUUGCAACGUUUUGGGAGACUAUGUGCGCCGAAUGGCACGGCAUUGACCGUCUGAGACUUGACAAGUUCUACUUUUUGUUGCGUCGCUUCACCUCAUAUUCCUUCCGCAUGCUCAAAGAGAACGAAUGGGAACUGGAAACGAUCGAGGAAUACAACAAUGUCAUGGUUAAUGGACCACUAAACGCAACAAGCCCAAAAGUUCCUGAUGGAAUUCGCUACCACCUUAUUGAAAUCUACCUGGAGGAAUUGGAAAAAGUCGUCGACGUGGCUUAUUCAGGAGAAGUACCAACAGCACAUGUUCUUCAACCCAUGUUUCAGCUUUUGGGAAAUACUAUCAACGGAAAGGUGUUCAAGAUGGUGGCAGAGGAGGUUUUCGAGGCCAUUUUGAAAAAGACUGGUAAGCAGGAUGAACGAUAAUCUAGAACUGGGAAGAAAUGUUGUAUACUUUUACGACACACCAAUGACUGCAGUACUAAUAUUUAUUUUGUCUUUGCU